UCUACUGGCUUCAUUAUACUCGAGUUACCUAAAAAUGUGCUGUGCUUGUCUGAGCGUUCUGAAGAGCCGUAUUAAUGCUUCCGAUCGGAACCAGCGUCUUAUGCGAGUUAACUGCAACACAUCCAACACUACACCGAGUUAACGUUGGAUAAUUCGGAUUUUCGUCUGGAAUUACAAAGAGGAUUUGAAAUGUUUGCAUGGAUACAAUGUGCUGAAAAUGCCCUAGCCUGAGAGACAGAAACCCAGUUGGGCUGCAGCUAGAAUGAAAAAGGCCAGGUGAUUAGGCCGCUGCAGGGCAGACGGUGAGCUUUCUUAUGGUGGCCAGUCAUCAGCAGGCAUGGGCAACGGUGCUAUCAAAACCCCUCAUCUCGAAGAAAGCUGCUUGGCUUCGGGGAUCAAGGAACCACCAGCAUGGGAGGUAAUUGAGGCCCUCAAGGCCAAAAUAGCACGACUGGAGGAAGAGCUGAGAAAGAGGAGUGAGGAACUGAAGACCAGAGAGGAGAGACUGCGUACUCUGGAGAAGGAGCUGCAGGCAAAGGUGUCCCAGAUAGACAAGCUUCAGGAUGCCAUUGGCUACAACAGUCUGGUGAAGUCACCACCCUUGGUCAGUCCCAGCGAGCGUCUCCUUAGUGUCAUAAACGAAGGGCCAACACGCUUCCACAGGGUAGCAGUGGAGGUUCAUCGCCGCCUCAGAGCCAAGGAGGGAGUGUCGGCAGAACCAACCUCCCGGCACUUUUACAACCACAAUCUUCAGCACUUUUCCUUUGAAAGGGCCCGGGUCCGUAAGGAUUCCAGUACAAAAUGGUUGAUCAAUGAUGCCAUCAUGAGCAAUGACUUCUUGAAGAAGCUGGAGCCCCAGCAGAUGAGAGAGAUGGUGGACUGUAUGUAUGAGAAGACCUAUAAAGAAGGCCAACUAGUUAUUCAGGAAGGGGAACCUGGCAACUAUCUCUAUGUUCUAGCAGAUGGCUUGCUGGAAGUAAUGCAGAACAGCAAGCUUCUUGGAAGAAUGCGCCCUGGGACAGCGUUUGGUGAGCUUGCUAUAUUGUACAACUGUAAGAGGACGGCCACAGUCACAGCGGUUUCGCAGUCUCAGAUCUGGGUUCUAGACCGGCAGAUGUUUCAGAACAUCAUGAUGAGAACAGCACAGGCUAGGCAAGAAGAAUACUUCAGCUUCCUUUGCAGUGUAUCUUUAUUAAAAGAUUUGCCUGAAGAGAAGCUUGCAAAGAUUGUGGACUGUCUAGAAGUGGAUUAUUAUGACGAGGGAGAUUACGUCAUUCGUGAGGGAGAAGAGGGAAACACUUUCUUCAUCAUAGCUAAAGGAGCGGUGAGUGUCACACAGACCAUGGAAGGAUGCUCGGAGCCACAGGAGAUAAAAACUCUAGGAGUAGGAGAGUAUUUUGGAGAAAAAGCCCUUAUAAGUGAGGAUGUUCGUUCUGCAAACAUAAUCGCCAAGGAGAAUGAUACUCAGUGCCUUGUGAUUGACAGAGACAUUUUUAACCAGAUGGUGGGGACGUACGAAGAGCUGCAAGUUUACCUUGAAGAUUAUGUGGAGCAGCUGUCCCGCAGUGAUGAGAAGAGGAAUGCAGUGCCCCAUUCUCCUCUUAUAGACAGCUCUCCUGAAGCCAGUGAGUUCAUCAGAGUCCGGGAGAAGAUUGCUCACUUCUCCGCUACCUCUCCCUUCAGACACCUGCAGAUCAUCACCACAUUGGGCAUGGGCGGGUUUGGCCGCGUUGAGCUGGUGAAGCUGAAGGAUGAGGACACAACAUUUGCACUGAAGUGCAUCAAAAAGAAACAUGUUGUGGACACCAGGCAGCAGGAGCACAUUUACUCAGAGAAGAACAUCCUGCAGCAGACAAACUCCCAGUUCAUCGUCAGGUUGUUUAGAACUUUUCGGGACAACAAGUAUGUAUAUAUGCUGCUGGAGGCAUGCCUUGGAGGAGAGUUAUGGAGCAUUCUGCGGGAUAUGUGUUUCUUUGAAGAGCCCACAGCACGGUUCUGCAUUGGCUGUGUCCUUGAAGCAUUUGAUUAUCUUCACGGCCGGGGAAUUGUCUACCGGGACUUAAAACCAGAGAAUCUGUUGCUUGAUGACCAUGGAUAUGUGAAAAUGGCCGAUUUUGGAUUUGCUAAGAAGAUUGGACUAGGGAAGAAGACAUGGACCUUCUGUGGUACUCCAGAGUAUGUGGCCCCUGAGAUCAUCAUGAACAAGGGACAUGACUUUGGAGCAGACUGCUGGUCUCUGGGUAUCCUCAUCUUUGAGCUGCUUACUGGAAGUCCCCCUUUUUCGGGAUCAGAUCCUAUUAAGAUCUACACCAUGGUUCUCCACGGAAUAGAGAAAAUGGACUUCCCUAAGCGCAUUGGCAAGCGUCCUGAGGAUCUGACCAGGAGACUCUGCAAACUCAAUCCUGCUGAGAGACUGGGAAACAAGAAAAAUGGAAUCAAUGACAUAAAAAAGCACAAAUGGUUCCAGGGCUUUAACUGGGAAGGGCUGAGAAGAAGAAAGCUGUCUUCCCCACUGAAGAGAGAGCUGAAAGGGCCUAUGGACUACAGCAACUUUGAUAUCUUCCCGCCAGAAUUAGAAGAACCUCCAGAUGAACUCUCUGGCUGGGAUAAGGACUUCUGAGGACCAGGACAAAUUCUUGAGGCUUUCCAGAGGCAACUUGAGAGCUAAGCUGAUACUAGAGCACGUACUGUAUCUGAACAUACAGCCAAAGUAAUAUUCAAAUCACCCAACCUUCCAUUGCAAAGAUACUUCAGGGAUCUGCGGCCGAGGCAUUGUUAGUCUUUCACCACAUAAUGUCUAAAUACUUGAAACUUCAUACAUACUGUAUGGUCGUACUUUUUAUUUACUGAUUUACUAUCUGAUUGUUUUGAAUAUUGAGAAAAUGCAGUACCUAAUCAUAAUUUCCAGUGCUUUGUUCACAAAACAUCAGUGGAGGUGUAUUAAAAAAGACUCAUUACUAUGCUUUUGAUACAGUAGCUCUGUGUUGAUUGGCAGAAUGAAUGAAUUAUGUAUUGCGGCAAACCUCGGCAGAGCUGUUGCCACUGGCAGAUGCUAAGAGAGAGACACACAAAAGCGUGAGCCAGGACAGAGGACAGUCUGAUUCUUUUUGAGAGGAGUAUCACAGUUUCUUUGCCUGGGCCCAAGAUGGAGUCCCGCUAGUUUGUUGGACAUUAUGUGCAUUAUUUGCAACAGAAAUAAAAAAGACAAGAAUAACAUUUUAUGCAUGUUUAAAAAAUGUUUCCUGAUUUGUUCUGUUUGGAGAGGGCAAAUCAAUUUCCGUUUGUUUGUUUUUUUCUGAGAAAAUAUACUCACAGUUCCAUUUAAAUUACAGCGUGAGUGCAAGAUGAUAAUACUUUGACAGCAGCAUUACCACCUUCUUGCCUGGUCUUAUCAAAUGUCAGCACCUAAGUAUGGUCUGCGCUGUACUGGGAUGGGAGGCCUCCAAGGUAAAGUGUUGCUGGGCUGGUAGGUGACACUCUUCUCUCUGAACCACAAUUUCUGAGUAUCUCCCUAUGUGGUAGCCAGGGACACUGUGUUAUCGGAAAUGCUGUGCUUUGGACAUGAGUUUUAGAUUAAUUAGAGGUUGUGACUACUUGACCAUUAAAGAUCCCAUUGCAUUGUUUGGAAGAUUGUUUGUCAGAGGUCAGAUUAUUAACCCCAGUGUACUGGUAGAUUUCUGAGUCUAUAAAAUAUGGUCAUGCACAUAUAAAUAUCACCUUUUCUUGGUGAACUUGUAACUUUCCCUCCUGAUUUGCUGUGUAGUGGACUUACUAGAACAGAACUCUCUUACCCAGAUAUCUGUGUUACCCAGGUGGGCUGUAGCUGUAGAAAUGUACUUUUCUCUUUUCCAUUUGUCAAGCUCUUUGUCAUGCUGUGGAAUGACAAGCGCUAUAAAAGUAACAAAUAAUUAUGUUUGGCUACUUUUGCUUUCCUAUGUCCUUAUGAUAUGAAUCAUAAGAUAUGAAUCUGUAAACCAAAACUUUUUUCUAUUUAACCUCUCAUACAAAUAAAAGAAAACACACAAACUUCCACAACAUGACAAU